AUGCCCUGGUCUACGUCUUCCUCAACUCAUGGCGUCAGCUCCAGGAAGCGUCCUACAACAGGCCGCACCACUACCACUGGUCGGCCAAGGACCGGAAGACCAACGACUACUGCCACCAGUGUGGCAGUCCAAGAUAUCAUUUGUGCAAUUAGUGAAUCUCGUGGAAUAUGCCCUACUGUUGGCCUUGCUUUCGUGAAUCUUUCAACGUCUGAGGCCGUGUUAUGCCAGAUCUGCGACAGUCAGACUUAUGCUCGCACUAUCCAGAAGUUGGCAGUAUUAGAUCCUAGUGAGAUCCUUUUCAUGAAAACAGCACAAGAUCCCAAAUCAAAGCUAUAUGCUAUUGUGGAAGAGAAUCUUCCCCAUCUGACAAUCACAACCAUCGACAGACGAUAUUGGGCAGAAAAAACAGGACAUGAGUGUGUUGAACAGCUAGCGUUCAAGGAAGACCUUGAAUCAAUCAAAAUCUCUUUAGAAGGAAAUUUCUUUGCGACUUGCUGUCUUGCGGCCGCUCUCAGCUACAUCGAACUUGAGUUCUCGAAAACAUUUGCGUGUCAUUCACUUCGAAUUAAGUAUGAGCCUUCUGAUGGCUCGGUAUUGAUUGACUUGGCAACAAUAGUGUCUUUAGAAUUAAUUCAAAAUCUGCAAAACGCAAAGUCAAAAGACUGUCUUUUCGGGGUGUUAAACGAAACUCUGACUCCAAUGGGCUCACGCCUACUUCGUAGCAAUAUCCUACAGCCAUCUACGGAGCCGAACAAACUUUGUGGUAGAUAUAAUGCCGUCGAGGAACUAGGAACUCGAGAAGACAUGUUUCAUGCUGUCAGAGAAGCUUUGAAGUCCUUCGUAGAUUCUGACAGGGUGCUUACAGCAUUGACCAUUAUACCAACGAAAAUUACUUUCGAAUAUUCGGAGAAUUCUAUUAAUAAUAUGAUUAUGCUGAAAACUUAUGUCUCGUCAAUAAGACCUAUCUAUGAAGCUCUUACUGGUGCUAAAUGCGAUCUUCUUGUUGCAAUUCGAAACCUCUGUGCACCUACGCAGUAUGAGGCCAUUGUAUCAUUACUUGAUUCGACUCUAAAUACUGAUGUGACGUAUCAAUCCCGUCCGCUUGAUCUUCGAAACCAAAGAACCUAUGCUGUCAAGGCUGGGGUAAAUAGCUUGUUAGAUGUAGCGCGACAGACAUACAAAGAGGCAAACAGUGAUGUCAAUGAGCUUGCAAGACGCCUAGGAGAUGCACAUGGCCUUGCCCUUGAUCUAAGAUUCGAAGCUGCUCGGCAAUAUUAUUUCCGUCUACCAAUUUCGGAUUUAGAAUCGCGCCAGCUACCAAGCAUUUUCAUUAAUAUAUUUCGAAAGAAACACUUUGUUGAGUUCCAAACUCUGGACCUGGUAAAGCUAAAUCAAAAAAUCUCCGACUCUCACAACGAAGUUCUUCAGAUGAGUGAUCGUAGCAUACAAGAACUCAUCGAAGAUGUUAGGACUGAGAUUUCUGUGCUAUUUCGCAUCAGCGAGGGCAUUGCAAUGUUAGAUAUCCUAGCAGCAUUCGCACAGCUCGCUGCAGUUCGCGAUUAUGUUCGUCCAGAAUUAACGGACACACUGGCCAUCAAAGCAGGGCGGCAUCCAAUUCAAGAAAAGAUACACUCAAACAAAUUUGUUCCCAAUGAUGCAUACGCUACCCAGCAGUCUCGAUUUCAAAUUAUUACUGGGUGUAAUAUGAGCGGGAAAAGUACAUACAUUCGAUCCCUUGCUCUCAUGGCUGUAAUGGCGCAGAUAGGUUGUUUUGUACCCGCAAAUUACGCCUCGUUCCCAAUUACCAAUCAACUUUUCGCGCGCAUUUCUGCAGACGAUAAUGUCGAGACUAAUGUGUCAACAUUUUCUGCUGAAAUGCGAGAAAUGGCGUUCAUUCUUCGAAAUAUCGGACCAAAAAGCAUGGUUAUUGUUGAUGAACUGGGCCGUGGGACCAGCACUGUGGACGGCCUUUCUAUUGCGAUUGCGAUAUCUGAGGCCCUUGUUGAUAGCCACGCUCUGGUGUGGUUUGCUACUCAUUUCCACGAUCUAGCUCGAGUCAUGGCUCAGAGAAACGGUGUAGUAAAUUUACAUUUAGCAGUGGACAUGUCUGAUCCCAUGACGAAAAUAACGAUGCUGUACAGGAUUGCAGACGGGCAUGUUGAGGAUAAGCAUUACGGGAUUGCUUUUGCAAGGCUGCUCUCUUUGCCUGGGGACCUUUUAGAAACCGCAGAGGCUGUAUCGAAGAAAGUAAGUUUGAAGUCUGCAAACCAACGUAGAAGUUCAGAAGCCGUCGCUAUAGCAAGUCGAAGGAAACUCUUAUUGGAUCUAAGAGAACAGUUACUUCAAGCUCAACAAGGAGAGCUCAAAGGUGAAGAAUUAAGGAAGUGGCUCAAAACAUUACAAGAUGAGUUUACUUUGCGCAUGGCAGCCUUAGAUUCGGAAAUAGCAAUGGCUGCAAAGAAUAAAAUCGUUGAUAGUCAUGAGGAGACGGAAGAUAAUCCUAGCUUCUGCGAGCAAGGCGAUAAUGACCUAAUGAGUAUGCUAUCUGAGGAGGAAGCAACAGAUAUCACAAGCCCGCUUUUGUAUGGAAGUCCUACUAUCAGACGAAGGGCAGCCCAAGGCGAGUUGAAAUAG